CGGCCUCCCUUUCCGGCCGCGCAGGCUGCCUGGCAGGAGCACGGAGCCGCCGCCGCGCCCGAGGAGCCGCCAUCAUGCCGGUGUACUUCCAGCGGCCCGAGAACGCCCUGAAGCGGGCCAACGAAUUCCUUGAGGUUGGCAAAAAGCAGCCUGCCCUUGAUGUUCUCUAUGAUGUUAUGAAAAGUAAGAAACACCGAACAUGGCAGAAAAUCCACGAGCCCAUUAUGCUGAAGUACCUGGAGCUCUGUGUGGAUCUCCGCAAGAGUCAUCUGGCAAAAGAAGGGCUGUACCAGUACAAGAAUAUUUGCCAGCAGGUGAACAUCAAAUCGUUGGAAGAUGUUGUUCGUGCCUAUUUAAAAUUAGCUGAAGAAAAAACAGAAGCAGCUAAGGAAGAAUCCCAGCAGAUGGUACUGGACAUAGAAGACUUAGAUAACAUCCAAACUCCCGAAAGUGUUCUUUUGAGUGCUGUAAGUGGAGAAGACACUCAGGAUCGCACUGACCGACUGCUUUUGACACCCUGGGUGAAAUUUCUAUGGGAAUCCUAUAGACAGUGUUUGGAUCUUCUCCGGAAUAAUUCUCGAGUGGAACGGCUCUACCAUGAUAUUGCACAGCAAGCUUUCAAGUUCUGCCUGCAGUACACGCGCAAGGCUGAGUUCCGCAAGCUCUGCGAUAACCUGCGGAUGCAUUUGGGGCAGAUCCAGCGUCACCACAACCAAAGCACAGCAAUCAACCUCAACAAUCCUGACAGUCAGUCAAUGCACUUGGAGACCAGGCUUGUGCAGCUUGACAGUGCUAUUAGCAUGGAGCUGUGGCAGGAAGCUUUCAAAGCUGUGGAGGAUAUUCAUGGGCUGUUUGCACUGUCUAAGAAACCACCCAAACCACAACUGAUGGCAAAUUAUUAUCACAAAGUUUCAACUGUCUUCUGGAAAUCAGGAAAUGCUCUUUUCCAUGCAUCCACACUUCACCGACUUUAUCACUUAUCAAGAGAAAUGCGAAAGAAUCUCACACAAGAGGAGAUGCAGAGGAUGUCAACUCGUGUCCUUUUGGCCACUCUGUCAAUUCCUAUAACUCCUGAGAGAACUGACAUUGCCCGCCUUCUGGAUAUGGAUGGGAUCAUUGUUGAGAAGCAGCGACGUCUGGCAACCCUCUUGGGCCUCCAGGCCCCCCCCACCCGUGCCAGUCUCAUUAAUGAUAUGGUCAGGUUCAACGUAGUGCAGUAUGUUGUUCCAGAAGUGAAAGAACUGUACAAUUGGCUUGAGGUAGACUUCCACCCACUCAAGUUGUGUAGCCGUGUCAGCAAGGUCCUGAAUUGGGUGAAAGACCAAGCUGAAAAGGAACCUGAACUGCAGCUGUAUGUUCCUCACCUGCAGAACAAUACGAUUCUCCGUCUUCUGCAGCAGGUGGCCCAGAUUUAUCAGAGCAUUGAAUUUUCUCGCCUGACUGCCCUGGUUCCUUUUGUUGAUGCUUUCCAGCUGGAACGUAAUAUCGUUGAUGCUGCCAGACAUUGUGACUUACAAGUUCGCCUUGACCAUACUACCCGAACACUGAGUUUUGGCUCGGAUUUGAAUUACUGUACUAGAGAAGAUGCUCCACUAGGCCCUCAGCUACAAAGCAUGCCUUCUGAGCAAAUUAGAAAUCAGUUGACUGCCAUGUCCUCAGCUCUGGCCAAGGCUCUUGCAGUCAUCAAGCCUCCUCACUUAAUUCAAGAGAAGGAAGAACAACAUCAGCUGGCGGUCACUGCCUUCCUAAAAAAUUCAAGGAAGGAGCAUCAGCGUAUUCUUGCGCGUCGUCAGACGAUAGAGGAAAGGAAAGAGCGUCUUGAAAGUCUGAACAUUCAGCGUGAAAAAGAAGAACUGGAACAACGUGAAGCAGAAUUACAGAAAGUCAGGAAAGCUGAGGAAGAGAGGCUGCGCCAGGAGGCAAAGGAAAGGGAGAAGGAGCGGAUCCUGCAGGAGCAUGAACAAAUCAAAAAGAAGACCGUUCGUGAGCGCCUGGAGCAGAUUAAGAAGACUGAACUGGGAGCCAAAGCAUUUAAGGAUAUUGAUAUUGAGGAUCUUGAAGAAUUGGAUCCUGACUUCAUUAUGGCUAAACAAGUUGAACAGCUUGAAAAAGAAAAGAAGGAACUUCAGGAACGACUGAAGAAUCAGGAGAAAAAGAUUGACUAUUUUGAAAGAGCGAAGCGCUUAGAAGAAAUUCCUUUAAUAAAGACUGCCUAUGAGGAGCAAAGAGUGCAUGAUAUGGAGCUGUGGGAGCAACAGGAAGAAGAAAGGAUCACUACUUUGCAGCUUGAGCGUGAGAAAGCCCUUGAGCACAAGAACAGGCUCUCAAGGAUGUUGGAGGAUAGAGAUUUAUUCGAAGCCAGGCUUAAAGCAUCCCGAAGGACAGUUUAUGAGGACAAACUGAAGCAGUUCCAGGAGCGGCUGGCAGAGGAGAGGCGGAACCGCUUGGAGGAGCGCAAGAAACAGCGCAAAGAAGAGAGACGCAUCACGUACUACAGGGAAAAGGAGGAGGAGGAACAAAGGCUACGAGAGGAGCAGCUGCUUAAAGAGCGUGAGGAAAAGGAACGCAUUGAGCGUGAGAAACGUGAGCAGGAACAGCGGGAAUACCAGGAACGUGUCAAAAAACUAGAAGAACUGGAGAAGAAAAAACGUCAAAGGGAACUGGAGAUAGAAGAAAGAGAGCGUCGUCGAGAAGAGGAAAGGAGAGGUCUGGAUGACCCAUUUUCAAGAAAGGAAUCUCGCUGGGGUGACAGGGAGUCUGAAAGUUCCUGGAGAAGAGGUGGUGAGACAGAAUCUGAAUGGCGACGAGCACCAGUGGAAAGAGAUUGGCGUCGAGGAGAACCAAGAGAUGAUGACAGGUCUUUCCGACGAGGGGAUGAUCUGCCCCGGCGAGGGGAUGAUCUGCCCCGGCGAGGGGAUGAUCUGCCCCGGCGAGGGGAUGAUCUGCCCCGGCGAGGGGAUGAUCUGCCACGGCGUGGUGCUGUGGAAGAAAAGGAACGUCCUUCUGUGGAACCAACAGAGGACAGGCCACCGAGGCGUGAGGGAGAUGAGGACAGGCCUCCGAGGCGUGAAGGGGAUGAGGACAGGCCGCCCCGACGUGGAUUGGAUGAGGACAGGCCACCCAGGCGUGCUUUGGAUGACGACAGAGGCAGCUGGCGGGCUGCAGAUGAUGACAGGGGUCCCAGGCGUGGAAUGGAUGAUGACAGGCCCCCCAGACGUGCUUUGGAUGACGACAGGCCCCCCAGACGUGCUUUGGAUGACGACAGGCCACCCAGGCGCGGCUUAGACGAUGACAGAGGCAGCUGGCGCGCAGCAGAUGACGACAGAGGACCCAGGCGCGGGCUGGAUGAGGACAGGCCACCCAGGCGGGCUUUGGAUGAUGACAGGCCACCCAGGCGUGGGCUGGAUGAUGACCGGAGCAGCUGGCGGGCUGCAGAUGAUGACAGGGGUCCCAGGAGGGGCAUGGAUGAUGACAGAGGUCCCAGGAGGGGGAUGGACGACGACAGGAUGUCCAGGCGUGAUGAUGACAGGGGACCGUGGCGCAGCGCAGAUGAUGACAGGCUCUCCAGGAGAGAUGAUGACAGGGGUCCGUGGCGUGGAGGUGAUGAUGCAAGGCCAGGUCCUUGGAGACCAUUUGGUAAACCAGGAGGAUGGAGAGAACGAGAAAAGGCUCGGGAAGACAGCUGGGGGCCUCCUCGAGACUCGAGACCUCCAGGAGACCGUGAAUGGGAUAGAGACAAAGAUCGUGAUGAAAAUGAGAAAGACCGGGAGUUUGACAGGGAGAGAGAUUUUGAUCGAGAUGAUCGUUUCAGGCGUCCCAGGGAUGAUGCUGGCUGGAGAAGAGGGCCAGCUGAGGAAACUUCUAGCUGGAGAGAUUCAAGUCGUCGUGAAGAGUGGGACAGAGGUGGUCGUGACAUGAGAGACCGCCGUCCUGAUGACAGAGAGCCACCCCUCAGAAGAGGACCACCACUCAGAUCUGACCGCGAAGAACCAAGCUCCUGGCGGCGCGCCGACGACAGGAGAGAAGAACGUGGAGAAGAACGUGAGACAGUUCGGCGAUCAGCUCCUGCUCCUGCUGCUCCUCCAGCUUCUGCUCCCUCACCAGCAUCCAAAGAUCGAGACAGAGAUGGGGAGAAGGAGAAAGGUUCCUGGAAAACAGAGAAGGAGCGUGAGCCCGUUCGCCGUACUAAAAAUGAGACAGAUGAAGAAGGGUGGACCACUGUACGACGCUAAGUGAAAGUCACAGAGGUUAACCAAUGUUUUAGCUUUGAUUUGAUCGAAUCCGCGGAUUAUAUUUGUGCUUAUAAACAUUCUGAAUUGGAAUUCUUUAACAAAUGUUUUGAGGUAACACGAAAGCAUGAGCUUGAAUUACUUACUCCUAUAGAUUGAUCAUGCACAAACUCACAGCAGAAGGUUGGAAAUUGAAUGCCAGUUUAUGAAAUUACAAAUGAUGCUGAUUUCAUGGGUCAUUUGUUACUAAAAUAAAAAAGAAGCAAGCCCAACAGCUGUCUUGAGUAAUGCUUCUAUCUUGCACCAAAACAGGCUGACCUUUUUAUUUUUAGUCUUCCUUAAUUUGGAAUGGGGUAUUAUCAUCACAGAACAUGCAUCUGAAAACGCCUCUGUUCACACAGUGGAAUUAUUGAAAAAGCAGAGCUAAUUUCCAUAAUUGGCCAAGAAAGAAAAAAAAAAGAAAAAAAGCCCUCUUUUACCUAGGUACAUUUUGAGGGCAGGUGGGUUUCUGAGAGAUGUAUUCUAUCACUAUCUAAAUUCAGUAAGUUCUUUACAUUUGAAUGAAAUAUAAUAAACAUGAUGAGCAUUAGCUACACUGGGAUAUUUUCUGUAGGUUUACUUGAAUACAAAAUGCCUAUGAGGCCAUUUUGCAGUCCUUGUUCCAGGAAUGUAUACUGCUGCAGUGUACAACCACAAAACAUCAAGCUUUUACAGUUUCAGUGUUUUGGUAAGCAUAUGGCUAUGUAUUUUCUGUUGCCAAUAUCACAACUGCUUUUUCCAUCACUGGAUAAUUCAUGCCUUUCAAAGAUUUAUAAAUAUUGUCAUAUUUAAAUUGUGUGGUUUUGGAGAAGCUGUUGAGUUUUCCCCCAAUUCUUUGUCUUCAGGGUCAAUUCUUUCCCUUUCCAAAAAAAGUGAUUUGUGGUAAUGGCUGUGUUGACUUCAGUUUUGGGGUGUGGUAACAACGAUGAACUAGCUGGUCAUACUGAAGCCAACACAGAACUUGCUGCUGUGUGUUUCUUCAAUGAUAAAUAAACAACUUAAGGAAUUA